AUGGGCUGCGGAUGCCAUCAGAUUGCCCUCAUCGCCCUCUACUACUCGGCUUUUGCUGCUCUCAGCCGCCAGCCGGUCCAUCUCGAGGCAUUCAUGACGCCAACGGCACUGCAACAGUCACUGGACAGCAGACGGCAUCUGCUUCGCACAGGAAGAAGUCGCGGCGGCGACUCAUUGUCGAGGCUGCAAGGGGCUCUCCCUGAGGCCUAUGUGGAGUAUGUGAGCGGCCUGCUGCCUGCCAAUAAAACGGAUGCCUUCAUUAAGUCAUGUGGGACGAGGCUGCGGCCGAGCAUUCGUGUCAACACCCUGAAGGGCAGCGUUGGAGAGUUCAUCAGCAGGCACAGGAGAGGGGAUGCUCGCAAUGCAGAGUGGGACUUCAAGCCGAUCCCCUGGUGCCCGGAAGGUACGGAAAAGGCACACAGCGCUUUGCCAGGAAGAUGCAUCAGGCGUACUCGUCGUUGGCUGUCUGUCAGGUCUGUGGAUCUCGCCCUCUUCCAACGGCAGCGACCUCUCAGAUCUGCAGCUGGGCAGUCGUCUGGAACAUUUGGCUGGUCUCUACUACGUGCAGGAGGCCUCAUCGAUGCUGCCCGUCACAGCACUGCUCGAUGGCGGCGAUCUCGACACAAGAGAUAGUGACCUCAAGAUCCUGGACAUGGCUGCCGCGCCCGGUUCGAAGACCACGCAGCUCGCCGCCCGGCUUGCGAAUCGCGGCCUCGUGUGUGCCAACGAGCUGUCAGCGUCCCGUCUAAAAGGGCUCUUCUCCAAUGUGCAGCGGACGGGCACCACCAACACCAUCCUCACACAAGCGGAUGGGCGCGACUUCCCCCACCAUGAGGGCUCUGCCGCUUUGUUCGAUGCCGUGUUGUUGGACGCUCCCUGCUCCGGCGAAGGGACGGUCCGGAAGAAUCCCAAAGAGGAGCUGCCGUCGUGGAGCUUGCGUUCGGUGCUGCGGCUGCAGAGCCUGCAAAAGGGGCUGAUCGACGCUGCCAUGGGGAUGCUCAGGGAGGGGGGCGUGCUAGUGUACUCCACAUGCACACUCAACCACUACGAGAAUGAGGAGGUGGUGAGGUGGCUACUUGAGGAGAGCGGGCAUGUCGGUCGAGUGGAGGUGGUUCGUCUGGAUGGCCUGUGCGGCGGGUCGCUGCGUCGCAGCGCCACUGAUGAGGGCUUUCUCCACGUGUGGCCGCAUCACUUCGACUGCGAGGGCUUCUUCGUCGCCAAGUUGCGCAAGAAGGCUGGUGGCCACUCUGCCUUUGCUGCUGCCGCCCCGCUCUCUCUUGUCGGCUCUCUAACUGCUCAACAAGUCGCCCGUGAGAGCCUCUCUGCGCCAGCAGCAGCCACAGCAUUGAGAGACAGAGAGCCCCGGCGCCGCACACAGCGAAUGGUGCGAAGCGAGCUGUCAUCACCGCCUUCGUUCCAUCGAUGGCUCGAUCGCUUCGAGCCGCCGUCGACAGAAGAGGCUCGGCAACUGCACUCCUUCUUCACGUCGAGAUACGGCUUUGGCAAAGUGGCAGAGUGGCAUGAGGAGGGCCGGCUGCGCAUCCGUCGAGCUCGGACACGAGAGGGCCGUCAGCAGGGGGCGAAGAGGGGGAAUGGCGGCGCUCAGCAGCAGCCCAGGGUGGAUGAGUGGUGGCUGCUGCCCACGGGGGCCGCAUCGUUCCUCAACAGCAUCGGUGGGGCUUCCCGCGUCAAGGUCUCUCGUGUGGGCGUCAAGAUCGCUGAGCGGCCAAUUGCUGCGGUGAAAAGGCGGAAAGAGGGCGUGGCUGACGGCGGAGUGCGGCCGACACAUGAGAUGGUGAUGGCUUUCGGAGGUGAGUUCAGUGGGGGUGCUGUUGACGUGUCCGACGAAGAGGCGCGGCUGUUCUGCAGAGGCCAUGACUUGCCGCUGACACAUGGGGACUCGGGGGCGUGUCUGACUGAUCGGUGUGACAUUGUGGUGCGGUGGGCCGGCCUGCCACUGGGUGUGGGGCGCGUGCAGAUGGAGAGAGGACGGCUGAAGAACAUGCUGCCCAGAGAUGUGGUCAGGGAUACUGUCGUAUAGCGUGCCCUGCUUGUGUGACGGGGGUUGGUGUAUAGGAUGGAUGGACGUGUG